AUGGCUUCGGCAAAGUCUCACCCGGACGUCGAGCAGCAGGCCGUGGCGGAUGCGCACCUCGGCAACGCGACCGUCAGGUCGAUUUCCUGGCGCGGCGUCACCGUCACCGUCAAGGAUCGGGCAUCCAACAAGCCCAAGAAGAUUGUCCGCGAUGCCGCCGGGGUCGUCGGCGCCGGCGAGAUUUGCGCCCUCAUGGGCCCCUCGGGCUCGGGCAAAACCACCCUUCUCAACGUCCUGGCCAGACGGCCUGCCGGCGCCGGCGACGUCCACGUCGAGGCCCGGGUCCUCGUCAACGGGACCCAGCUGUCCGAGUCGGCCUUCCGCCAGGUCUCCUGCUUCGUGGAGCAGGAAGACGCCCUCAUCGGGUCUCUGACCGUCAGGGAGACUCUGGAUUUUUCGUCGCGGCUGGCCAGCACCAGCUCGCUCCCCCGGAAAGAACGGCUUGUCCGCAUCGACUCGCUCCUCGCCGCCUUCGGCCUCACGGCCCAGGCCGACACCCUCAUCGGCACCCCGCUCCGCAAGGGCAUCUCGGGCGGCCAGAAGCGCCGCGUCGGCGUGGCCAGCCAGCUCAUCACCGGCCCCAAGAUCCUCUUCCUCGACGAGCCCACCAGCGGCCUCGACUCGGCCGCCGCGUGGGAAGUCGUCAAGUACCUGCGCGCCGUGGCCAAGAAGCACAGCCUCAUCGUCCUCUGCUCCAUCCACCAGCCCUCCAGCGCGACCUUCAACCUGUUUGACAAGCUGGCGCUCCUGUCGGCCGGGCAGACGCACUACUUUGGGCCCGUGGCCGCCGUCGUGCCGCACUACCGGCACCUGCGGGUCGACGUGCCCAACUACGUCAACCCGGCCGAGUUCCUCGUCGACCUCGUCAAUGCCGACUUCAGCCACGACGCCGUCUCGGCGUCCCGCACGCUGUCGGACCUGCACGCCCGGUGGGUCGCCUCGCCGCAGUCGACGGCCGCCGCGGCCGCUGUCGCCGAGGCGGAAGCGGACCGGCGUGCCGUCAGCCUGGCCGAGCUCGGGGGCCCCUCUCGCGCGCGCGUCACCCUCACCCUGCUGCGCCGCUCCUUCAUCAAGUCGUACCGCGACGUCGUCGCCUACGGCGUGCGUUUCGCCAUGUACACCGGCCUCGCCGUCAUGAUGGGCACGGUCUGGGUGCGCCUCGGCGCCCACCAGGACUCGAUCCAGCCCUUGGUCAACGCCAUCUUCUUCGGAUCCGCCUUCAUGUCCUUCAUGGCCGUCGCCUACGUGCCUGCCUUCCUCGAGGACCGCCUGCAGUACGUCAAGGACCGCCGCAACGGCUUGUACGGCGCCGCCGAGCUCGUCGUCUCCAACCUGCUCAUCGGCGCGCCCUACCUGUUCCUCAUGUCCCUCGUCUUCUCGGCCGUGUCGUACUGGCUGUCCAACUUCCAGCCCACCGCCGCCGCCUUCUUCACCUGGAUCCUGUGGCUCUUCCUCGACCUGCUGGCCGCCGAGUCCCUCGUCGUCUUGGUGACGUCGCUGGUGCCGAGCUUCGUCAUCUCCCUGGCCCUCGUCGCCUUCGCCAACGGCCUGUGGAUGUCCGUCGGGGGGUUCAUGGUGCCGCCCACCAUCCUGAACCCCUUUUACAAGUACGCCUUUCAUUACUGGGACUACCAAAAGUACGUCUUUGAGGGCAUGAUGGUCAACGAGUUUUCCCGCCGGACCUACUCGUGCGGCGACGGCUGCCGGUGCAAGCUGGAGUCGCCGCUGGCCCGCGAGUGCAAGAUUGCCGGCCAGGCCGUGCUCGACCAGUACGGCUAUUCCGACGAGACGACGGGUCGCAACGUCGGCAUCAUGGUCGCCAUCAUUGCUGGAUACCGCAUCGCAUCGUGGGUAGCGUUGAAGCUGCGCGGGUAG